CGCGAGUUCGAGGAGGACUCUAUUCCGCGUCUCUUUUUACCUAGGUAUUCCCCCGUCCCGUCGUAUACGAUCCAGUCGCGUCGAAAAACCGUCUUCAAGCACCUGCGCAAUUACAAACGUCCGGUUUCAAUAGCCUGGAAGCCUCCGGCUAGUGACGUCGGAAGUUACAAAGGUGACUUGCAGUGUCAGCCCACACCUGUUGGAGCACCAGCAAGCGGACACCUUCGCGCUUCGCCGCCCUUUUCCAGAAACUCGUCUACCUACCAACCUACCCAUGAUAGACCGGCUCUGAGGACACGAAAUGGCUUCCCAAGCGGCCUGGGCCCUGGCGGAGAUUCUCAAACGCGAAGCGGACAAUGAAGACGAUGAUGACCAGACGGACGCGUCCCAGAAGGAGAAGUUCACAUCCUGGGCGCUUUCCAUACUCAUUGUUCUGCUCAUCAUAGCACUCUUCACGAGCUAUAUAUUGCAGACACGGAAGAUACAAGCGGUGCAUGAGACGGUACUGUCCAUAUUUGCUGGAAUGGGCGUGGGCCUGAUUCUUAGACUAUGGGCUCCCGAGUAUGUACAAGGCGCUGUGAGCUUUGAUUAUCAAUUCUUCUUCAAUCUCCUCCUUCCUCCCAUCAUUCUCUCUUCCGGCUACGAGUUGCAUCAGGGCAACUUUUUCCGGCAUAUUGGCACAAUUCUUACUUUCGCCUUUGCUGGCACAUUCAUCUCCGCGCUCGUGCUUGGUGUGCUUCUCUUUCUAUGGACGCAAAUGCACAUCGACGGGCUCAAGAUCAACUUUGUCGAAGCCAUGUCUGUCGGCGCGACACUGUCAGCUACGGAUCCGGUCACGAUUCUGGCCAUUUUCAACACCUACAAGGUCGAGCCUAAGCUCUACACGGUCAUCUUUGGGGAGUCCAUUCUCAACGAUGCCAUCGCCAUUGUGCUUUUUGAAACAGCACAGAAAUACAGCAAGGAUGCAAUGUCGUUAAGCAUUCUGAGUCUCUUUGAGGCCUUUGGAGUCUUUCUCGGCGUGUUCUUCGGCAGCUUGGUUAUCGGCGUCAUGGUCGGAGUGGCUGCAUCACUCAUGCUCAAGUUUACGUAUGUCAGGAGAUUCCCGAAGACGGAGAGCUGCCUUAUUGUCCUGAUCGCCUAUGUUACUUACUUUUUCUCAAAUGGGAUCAGCAUGUCAGGAAUUGUCUCCCUCCUCUUCUGCGGGAUUUGUAUGAAGCACUACGCCUACCUGAACAUGUCGCGCCGAACACAACUAACAACCAAGUUCGUGUUCCAAGUCACCGCUCAAUUAUCGGAGAACUUCAUCUUCAUUUAUCUUGGGCUUUCCCUCUUCACGGACGACAAGCUGGUCUUCAAACCUCUCUUCAUCCUGGUGGCAGUGGCGGGAAUAUGCGCGGCUCGCUGGUGUGCCGUUUUCCCCCUCGCUAAGGCAAUCAACUCCUAUACAAGAUAUCGGCAAAGGAAAGCAGGCCAAGAGGUACGGGAUGAGUUGCCCUACUCCUACCAGGCGAUGAUUUUCUGGGCUGGGCUCCGCGGUGCCGUUGGCGUUGCCCUUGCGGCCGGAUUGACGGGCACCAACGGAGACACCCUUCGUGCCACCGUACUUGUCGUUGUUGUGCUGACUGUCAUCAUCUUCGGUGGCACGACUGCGCGCAUGCUGGAAAUCUUGGGAAUCAAGACAGGAGUCAUCGAGGAGAUUGAUUCCGACGACGAGUUCGACAUCGAGGUCAUCCAUGGUGGCACUUAUUCGCGUCACAAGGGACAGGGCUUUGGACAUAACCCGCGUAUGCAUCAGAAUGGGUUUGCGCUCACAGAAGUCAACGAUGGAUCGUACUCAAGCGGGUCACUCAACAGGCACAGUCCGCCCUCUCGGCCAAACCUAGUGGCUUCUAGACGCUCCUCUAGUCGCGCAAAGCGUGCAGACGGCGCUGAACAAGGUUUGCUGAGUCCUGGCGACAGUGGUAGCAACGAUGAGGAUGACAUGGACCUUGGUUUGCCACCGAGUGCGCGACGAUCGCCAAACAGAGCCCCGUCGCCUUUGCGGACUCCAGAGCGGUCACCCUACCCGACCUCAGGAUCAGCAUCGAGAAGUGCUGUCAGUGGCGAACCUUCGCGAGUGGCAAGUGCUACUGGGGCGGUCAAACAGCUCUUUUCCGACAUUUCUCAGGAUCCCGCGGCGGCUUUCAAGCAGAUCGAUGAAGGUUUCCUGAAGCCUCAUCUUCUAUUAGACCCCAAAGGCUCGGGACCUAGCAAUGUGUAGGUCCAUAGGGUACGGUUUUACUUGGGUGGCGUUGCAAUCAUUUCAUGUCUGUGGGUUUAUGUUUUUUGUACAUGGUUUGGGUCGCUCUCUCAGAGCACUGGCGUUUUCGGGAGGGGAGCAAUAUUCCCCAUUGUAGUCGGAAUGCUGUUUCGCUAGAGAUGUCUUUCGAAGACAAAACCCAGGAUUCGCGCGGUUUAGUCCACAACGCGAUCUGAAGCGUUUCUGGACUCUUUGCGUCUUUCGCUGUUGGGGUCAGGGGCUCUUGAAGAUAUAAAAGAAAUGUUGGAUUCGCAGCGUCUGGAGGUUGUAAUGGGCACAGGUUGGCCUGUUUAGACAGAUUCAACAUAUUUGCAAUGCCAGUUCGUCGACUUCGAAGUCACGUCUAAA